AUGCGUGUUGAUCGCCUGACGACAGCGGUGCGCACUGUCAAGAUUUUAGCUAUUCUUAUGCAUGCUCUUAGUUUGGAUACUGUUCUUGACUUGAUGAGAUGCUUUCCGUGCUUGGAAAAGUUGUACAUUGAGUCAAGUGGACCAGGUAUUAGCAACUUAUGGCGUCGUAAACACCGGACUCUUAUAAGAUCACUUGACAUCCCUCUGAAGACUAUCGUAUGGAAUUAUUAUCGGGGAAUUAAGUCACAUGUUGACUUGGCCACAUUUUUUGUACUAAACGCUCGCGUGCUAGAAUUAAUGACUUUUGAGGUUAAUGUUGAAGAUUUCAACGAGGAGUUUUUUGCACAACAUCAUAAGAAGCUUCAGGUGGAUAGUAGGGCCUCAAGAGGUGCUCGGAUUCGUUUUACUACCGAUUGGUGCUAUAAUUACCAUAUGAAGCUUAGUGUCCAUGAUUUGGGUCGAGCUGACCCCUUUGAAAGGACACACCCUUUGCAAGGAGAUACCACUUUUGAGCUUUGCUAA